AGUAGCGUUUGGUUGGACGAGCUUGUUGCGGGGAGGGCGGGGGAAGAUUGUUUGCUGGGAGGAGCUCAGUGUACGGGAAGGUAAACUGAGCUCCCAGAGACUCAUCCCGCAGCCUCGGUUCAAGCCCAGCCUUCUCUCUCCAGUUGUCACCACGGCCUGGAGGCGCCUGCCUCCGCCCUCCCGAAUGGUGCUACUCCUCGAAGGCCUCGGCCCAGGAUCCAGACCCCCUUUGCCCCCUGCCUCGGAGCGGUUGCUCUGGGUUUCUCCUGGUGGACUCCCCGUGACAGGGACAGAAGAACUUUUGCACGGACAACGCUGUAGCUCUAGGAACCCCGCCGACAGCGUGAAUCUUGGCCUCUAACCCGGUGUGAGGUCAUUCCUGUGUCCCUUUUUACACCCUCUGAGAAGAGAAACCCUUCUUGUUACCUGGAGCCCAGGAAGCCCCAAGCUGGGGCCCUGGUCCCAGCAUGUCAGUCCUCUCUUGUGCUUAGGGCUGUGCCCUUUCCCCAUUAGCAUGGCUGAAUUCAGGCAGGUUCCAGGGGGGCGGGAGACCCCGCAGGGGGAACUUCGCUCUGAGGUGGUAGAGGAUGAAGUUGCUCGGAGCCCAGUCGCAGAGGAGUCGGGAAGAGGCGGAAGCAAUGGUAGUGAGACCAAAUUGUCUCCAAGAGAGGAGGAACUGGAUCCUCGAAUACAGGAGGAGCUAGAGCAUCUGAACCAGGCCAGUGAAGAGAUCAACCAGGUGGAACUGCAGCUGGAUGAGGCCAGGACCACCUACCGGAGGAUCCUGCAGGAGUCAGCAAGGAAGCUCAACACACAGGGCUCCCACCUGGGGAGCUGCAUCGAGAAGGCCCGGCCUUACUAUGAGGCUCGACGGCUUGCUAAGGAGGCCCAGCAAGAGACACAGAAGGCAGCGCUGCGGUACGAGCGGGCUGUGAGCAUGCACAAUGCUGCCCGGGAGAUGGUUUUUGUGGCUGAGCAGGGUGUCAUGGCUGACAAGAACCGGCUGGACCCCACAUGGCAGGAGAUGCUCAACCACGCCACCUGCAAGGUGAAUGAGGCAGAAGAGGAGCGGCUUCGUGGUGAGCGGGAGCAUCAGCGGGUGACUCGGCUGUGCCAGCAGGCUGAAGCUCGAGUCCAGGCCCUGCAGAAGACUCUUCGGCGGGCCAUUGGCAAGAGCCGCCCCUACUUUGAGCUCAAGGCCCAGUUCAGCCAGAUUCUGGAGGAGCACAAGGCCAAGGUGACAGAGCUGGAGCAGCAGGUGGCCCAGGCCAAGACUCGCUACUCAGUUGCCCUGCGCAACCUGGAGCAGAUCAGCGAGCAGAUCCAUGCCAGGCGCCGGGGCCAGCCCCCCCAUGCCCCUGGCCAGCGGCGCUCCUCCCCUGUGGGGGCUGAGGCGGGCCCUGAUGGUGGGGAGGAUGGUGACAGUGGGAUCAUCGAAGGGGCUGAAGGUGGGGGCCUGGAGGAGGGCAGUAGCCUGGGGCCAGGCCCUGCCCCCGACACAGACACACUGAGCCUGCUGAGCCUGCGCACCGUGGCCUCAGACCUGCAGAAGUGUGACUCUGUGGAGCACCUGCGGGGCCUCUCAGACCACACGAGUCUGGAUGGCCAGGAGCUGGGUUCCCGGGGUGGGGGCCGCUGGGGCAGUGAUGGUGGGGGCCGUGGCGGCCGCCACCAGCGCAGCAUCAGCCUGUAGUUCGUGCUCAGGGGGAGCUGAUUCCUCUUACCACCAUCAGCCCGUGUAGGGCUCCAAGCUCCCUGUCCUCAGGUCCUUGCUUCCCUUGGAGAGGUCAGGUUGGCUCAUGUCUCUGGUGAAUUCCUCCCCCUCGCCUCCCCGCCCAGUUCCUUGCAGGUGGCAGCUCUCUUUGCCUUACCCCUUCAGAAGGCUUUUUCUAUGGCUCUCACAUGUGUCCCCCCCCUGCUAGCUCCUCUUGGUCUGAUGUUCUUCACUGCCCCCUUUCUGCUUUCCUUCCAUAUGUCUGGCUUUCCCCUCAGGGAACUUGGUCUAGAAGGCACAGGGAAGCCCAUUGGAGAAGGUGGAUGUGGGACCUGAAUCCUGACAUCUUGGCCCCCUAGCUUGAGGCAGUAGACAGGUGUCCCUCCCACCUCCUCAUCUCCUCAGGGGGCCUAGGGAUGCUCAGAGCCUGUGUCCUGGCCUGCCUGUAUGGGAUCUGUAAAAUGCACUGUAGGACCGUGUGCCUCUGGAAAACACUACGCAUCCCUGCAGUGCUCCCUUCUCAUGGCCUCAGCCACUUUGCUGUGUGUGCCACAAAGCAGGACUUGAAGGGUACCCGUGUCUGAGAAGGUGAAACCCAACCCAUGUCUACAUAGAGGACACCACCUCCAGACAGGCUCCCAUGUGCAUGGUGUGUCCCCAGCUGGGCUGGGCCUUUAACAUUGCCAAGGUGCUAGUGGGUCUCUAACAGGGUCCAUAAUGGGGGGUGGAGACAUAACGAGGUCCUGAAGGCUGAGGCCCUUGUCCUUCCUGCUGCAAUGUUUCACUUUUUCUGGGUGGAGGAUGCUGAGCUGAAUCUCAGCGCUCUCCUGCAAGGUGGAGUUAGGGAAUUUGGUGCUCAAUUGCUCUCCCUCUCUCUUCCUCCAAACCAGAUAAUACCUACUCCAGGAUCCCUUGGGGAACGUUCAAUUUUGGCUGCAAAGCCUUCUUCUGAUGCAGGAAGGGGUUGCCCUAGGGUGAGGGGACCCAUCCUUCUUUGGGAGGGGUUUGGUGGUGCUCCAGGCUGUAUGGAGGGAAAGGCGGGGAAGCCACACUGGAUCUGGGUGCCUUGAGAGAACUGGCCUUUCCUCCUUUCCUCCCCUAAGAGGUCUGAGAGCUGGACACUGGGCAGGACAGCUUGUGCCUAAGGCCUGUGUGCUGAUGCUGUCAACUGGGAGGAGUGGGCCAUCAUUUGGAGUGUGUUUCCCUGUGCUAAGAUGGUCACUAUGAGAACCGCUGGGUUUGAGGUGGCCAUGGGUGGAGGGGAGAAAGGGAGGGAGGAUGUGGGCAUGCGUGUGUGCAUGUGUUGGGCUGUGUGUGUGAGAGAGUGAGUGUGAGAGAAAGAAAAGGGUCUG